CCGCAAGGACCUCGUCCGUCGUCGGCGGAAGGUCAAACCGGCGCCAACCAGAAGGACCCCGUCACCCCCGGCCCUUCCCUUUCAACUCCCCACGUUCAUCACGUGCCGAAAAGACCGAGAAAACCCGACAACAUUCUAGUAAAAACCGUUUCGAGUUGUCCGAAGAAGAACCUUUCCAUCGUCUGGAAGAACGCCAACUUUACUUUGACUGUGCAAGAAGCCGUCGCCAACUCGCCAUGGCCACGCACUUCCCCCGCUAAAACCUUGGAAUGCCGAUCGAAGGGAAGAUAGAAAAGGAAGGAUUUUGAGAAGAUCCCAUGAAUGGUUCGCUCCCCUCGCACUCUGCCCUACAUGUUCGCCUCUAAUCUCACGGUCCGAGCCGCCUCCACGCCGCCGCCGCCGCCGCCGCCGCGCCAGCGCCACCACCACCACCUGCUGCUGAGCCGCCUCGAUCCCGAUCUCGGGUCCUGGCUCGUCGUACGGAGGCUCGGGCUCGAGUGCAGGAGGAAGCUCGGUCGCGGUGGAUUGGGGCAGCAGGGUCGACCUGGUGGCGAGGAUGGGCGCCGGGUGCUUCAGGGUCGCGAGGGAGAGCGACCGCGGCGGGGCGGGGGCGGGGGCGGUGGCGGUGAAGGUGGAGUUCGACAGCGGCGGGCAGGACUUCUUCGACGCCGAUGCCGUGGAGGCCGGCGGCGGCGGCCGCGGCGCGCCGGAGCAUCUCGUCAUCAUGGUUAAUGGGAUGGUCGGAAGUGCCAAAGAUUGGAGGUAUGCUGCUGAGCAGUUUGUGAAGAAGCUUCCAGAUAAAGUGAUUGUCCAUCGUAGUGAGUGCAACUCCUCGAAGUUGACCUUUGAUGGUGUUGACAUGAUGGGUGAACGAUUGGCAGAAGAGGUAUUGGGUGUUAUCAGGCACAGACCUGGGGUUCGUAAGAUUUCCUUUAUUGCACACUCCUUGGGAGGCCUUGUUGCAAGGUAUGCUAUUGGGAGACUUUAUGAAGAACCUUCACAAUCAGAACUCUGUACUGCUAUUAGGGACUGCCCAAGUGGAGAGCAAUCAAAUCAUCAGAUGGAAGUUCUGGAGCCUCGCGAAGUCAAAGUUGCAGCGGUGGAGCCUCAUGAAGGCAAAAUUGCAGGUUUGGAGCCAAUGAAUUUCAUAACAGUUGCUACUCCACAUCUUGGGUCAAGAGGACAUAAACAGCUGCCUUUCCUUUGUGGUCUUCCCUUUUUGGAGAGAAAAGCACCUCAAGCAGCACAUUUGAUUGUUGGGAGGUCUGGAAAGCAUCUCUUUCUUACUGACGGUGAUGAUGGGGAACCUCCUCUUCUUCUUCAAAUGGUCAAAGAUUCUGAAGAUUUGAAAUUCUUGUCAGCUUUACGUGCUUUCAAACGGCGUGUAGCAUAUGCAAAUGUCAAUUAUGAUCAAGUAGUUGGGUGGGGAACAUCAUCAAUCCGGCGUCAACAUGAACUUCCUAAGUCCAGUCUUCUGGUAAAAGAUGAGAGAUACCCUCACAUUGUCUAUGUGGAGAAGGAAACUCCCGAGAACUUUCAAAGGAGAGUGCCUUCUCUAGUCACUGAAAGAAACACUGAUUUGGAAGAGGAAAUGAUCAGAGGCCUCACGCAGGUGCCUUGGGAGCGUGUAGAUGUCAGUUUUAGCAAAAGCAAACAGCGGUAUUCUGCACAUAAUACAAUCUUGGUGAGGAGUUACAGGGUAAAUUCUGAUGGUGCCGAUGUUGUAUUCCAUAUGAUUGACAACUUUCUUCUAUAGCUUUCAAUGGUCAACCAUUUGUGCUUCUGGAGAGGGGUUAGGUUUAUUCUCGGGGGCAAAAUGUUCAUUGCUAUUAUGAGCUACUCUUCACUUUGGGUUGCUUGAUUUCUAUGUUUUUUGUCUAUAUGGUUAUGCCCUGUAAUUGUACUUUAAUUCAUUGUUAAUCUUUAGAAAAAUGUAUUCUUUUAUGAGUUUGUG